UAGAUGAAAGAUGGCGGAAGGAGGCGGUGGGACUGCGCAGCGUAAUGUCCACUUUUUAAUUUAACGGUACCGCUGUCGUACGAGCGCGUGGGCUCGUUUUAAGAGUCCGACAAAGUUUUUUGGCAAUGAACCACAGCUGAAAUCGACAAUGAGCCGACGCUUUGAAGGCGUGUGGACCCAGUCCAGUGAACCCUCCUCGCAGUUACCCGCUGAUCACGUCCUGUUUUCUGGAGCUGUCUUAUUCCCCGGGGCUUUCGAUCAGCUGGGCUGUCCUCUGGUUGUAUUCCCAGUAGAUGGACAGACUCGACUCUCUACAGCACUCAGUAAGCCAGAGGUAGUGGACUUCAUCAACUAUUGCCUUUCACAGCACAAUAAAACACAGAAGAGUAGUUUGGUGUCAGUCGUGGCAGAUCUCCGAGAAGCAUCUGCUUCUUCCACGCGGUUCAUUGCUGAGACGCUGCUUUUGCUUGAGCAACAGAAGAGAACAGUUCACAGUGCAUAUAUAAUUCAGCCAAAGAGAAAAGAUGUGCUACGGCUGUUAGGCAAACUGUGGAGCCUCCCCAAAUUAUUGCCCAAUACUUUUAAGAAAGUUCUUCUCAAAGAUGUCUUUGAACUUUCAAACUACAUUGACAGAAGUCAGCUGAUGGCUUCACUGGGAGGAUACCUUGUGUACUGUCACCAGAGCUGGGCAGUCUUCAUCAAGGAGAUGGACGUAUUUGAGGAGCACUUUGUGUCAGUUGUGAAGCAGUUGCCAGGGUGUCUCUCCUCUCUCCAGACCUUGUCCACACUGCCUCUGCCCAACUCUCUUCCUGAGCUCCAGCUCUUCUGCUCCUCCAAUGAAACCCACUUUCAACAGCUCCAGAGGGACCUGGGCCUUGAUGACCUACUCAGACACUGCAAACUUCUGAUGGAGAAACUAAGAUCGCCUGAUCUUGACCCUCACUUUCAGGCCAUGGCAGGCACUGCACUUUUCACCCUACACUUCUCCAGCAUGCUGCAAUACCACCACAGGAUCUCUACGGCGGUGCAGAAAGUGGAGCUCUUGUGGCAGGAGGUUUUUUCCAAAGCUCGACUCCAGUUACAUGUGUUACAGAUGAGAGAAGCUGCUCUGCAGAUUACAGAGCAGAUUGAGAGCCUUCUCCAGCGCAAGCUCCAGCCGUACAAUAUCCAGAUGGCAAGAGAUGGAACUGAGGCUGAGCGGCUGACCUCAGAGUUCCACUCCUCAGUGUACACUCCAGCCAUGUCUUUGGUGGUUGCUGCUGAGGAGGUGGUGUGCACAUUAACAGAGCAGCUGUGUGAUGCGCUUAGCAAAGAGCGCUGGCUGCUCGACCUGUACAGGCUCAAGGACAAACUUCACUCAACGGUGCAUUUGACUUUGCAGACUUUACAGGCUGUGUCCAAAUACCAUCUAUUCUACAACAAGGCUCAGAGCUGGUAUAAGUUGGUUCUGUCAGAGAACUUCUUACAGAAGCUACUUUCCGAAGUGGACCGACCAAGGAGAAGCUGGGGUACGCUCCCCACCUGGAGGAAAAGGCUCUUUGCUUUCCUGAAAAACAGUCCCCCUCCAGACAUGGAGGAACUGGUUCAUCUGGCCCAUCUUUCUCAAGUCAUCCCUGAUAAACAACUUCAGCAGGAGGGCAGGCAAUUGUCUCAUCGGUGUGUGACCUUGAGACGGAUGAUCAUGUCGUCUGAGCCACUGGCAGUAGCUGAACUCCAAGUGACUCUGCAGUGGCAGUAUGAGUUCCUACAGAGUUCACUGGUCAAACAGAGAGAACACUCCUCCCCCACUGACACCCUGCCCGCCCUGCACACACAGGAGGUUAAUCCCAGAGUGGCACCCCAUACAGCCAAUCGAGUGGACCUCCUCAGACAUGGCACAACUGAAGGGAAACCGUCAUCUCACAGUUCAUUUGACUCAGGAUUUGAAGGAGCUGGAAGCAGCAUGUUAGAAGGACAUACUUUGGCUCCGGACUUUGUAAAACAGACAAUGAACCAGCCCCAGAUCCAGGAGGAGACCAUGUCUAACCUCUCAGAUUCUGGCGGGUUUGGAUCACUUGGAAACUUAUCUAGGCCCACUGUCCGCAUUGCUCCUAACGAAACCGUAAAUUCCCUUGACUUUGAAAUAAAAGUUAAACGGUCAGCUGCAUAUCCCACCAACCCUUGGCUGAGUUUACCAGGCGAUGACUUGGAGAACUCCUACACUGUGACCAUCACAUCAAAGCCAUCACUAGAGCAUAGAGAUGCUUACUUUAGCUCCAAUAGCCAAAAGAACAAAGAACUCUGUCCUGUUACUCCUGCGGCCUCUCUCACUGCCUGGGCACUACACACACAGAGCAGUCUAGAGGACUGUGAGCUGAGCCCCAUGACACAUGUCCUGUCCAGUACGGUCACAGAGCCCAAUGACCAGGCCACAGAGGGGUCUUCCAUGCUCUGGGACUCCUACGACCUCCAUGAACAAUACCUGGAUGUAACAGAGGGUGUGAGUGCUCCUUAUUUGAAGGAUUGGGACAAAAAGGAGGAGGAUAACCUGACUGAGGUGGAGAGAACCCUUGAGCGGACUGACAAGAUCCUAGCAGAGGAGGAGAGUGUCUUGGCGCAAGAGGUUCAGCUGGAUGUUCUGCUGCAGACUGAAGUUGGGCCGCAUCCCUGGGUGGCCUGGAACAAUCAGAUGUCCUUGGAUGAACUGUCAAAAGGCAAUGUUGUGGUACUUAACCAGUUUGGUGUUGAAUCCCAGUUUGAUACAGACUUUGGAGCAAGUCCACAGCCUGGAGACUGGAGAGCCAAACCAGAUCUACUCACAGAGCUCAAAGAUGUCUAUGCUUUGGACAAGAAGAUUUUGGAGGAGAAUUUAAAAAUCCAUCAACUCAGGCAAGAGGAUCGUCCAGGGGAAGUGGCGCAGAGGAGCUCUGACAUGCUCAAUGUGCAGAAUAUCAGGAUGCAGCUCACAACAGAAAAACUAGAGCAGAAAGCUCCAGAGAAAACGUCUGUGAGAAAUUGUCAAGUGAAGAAAUGCAAAGAGCAAGCUACCAGAGUCAUCAGAUGCUCCAUAAUGUCCAGAACAGAGAGUGAAGAAGACCGAAUCCUCUAUAAUGAGCUACUGUCGGGGCAAAGCAGCCCAGAGGGGUCACACUCAAAAGACGAGCCUAGCCAGUCUUGCUCUUCGGAUCCACCCCAGGCUAAGGAAACUGACACAAAAUUACAAGAUGAUGCCACCCAUCCUCCCAAUCAAUCCCCUGUCACUGUUAACAUAGUAGUCUCAUCCAGAAACCCAGCUCAGCCCCCUUCUGCCUCUCUGCCCACUGUGCAAUCUGGAGUGACACCCAGAUCAGAACAGGGAAUUGAAAGAGGGUCAUUAUGUUCCCAGCCCAUACCCAAGCCCAGAAAAAAAGCUCCGUCUCUAAAAAAUCCGACAAAGCAACACAGCACUCAUUGCUCUAAAGAUGGAAGUGUGCCCCCUGUGGAUACUAUGGAUGCAUAUGCAUUCUCUAUGAAUACUGAGGAAGUGACUACUACACCUAUUGUUGACAAAUUAAACUUGGAGGGCACAUCUCCAAUCCCAGUGUCAUCAGAAGUUCUCCUAACUGAGAACAGCGAGGACAAAGGAGGUGCAUCUGCUGAGGGCGGAGGAGAGGUGCUCGCAGAGGACACCGAGGGUGGCGGAGGGGUGCUCGCAGAGGACACCGAGGGUGGCGGAGGGGUGCUCGCAGAGGACACCGAGGGUGGCGGAGGGGUGCUCGCAGAGGACACCGAGGGUGGCGGAGGGGUGCUCGCAGAGGACACCGAGGGUGGCGGAGGGGUGCUCGCAGAGGACACCGACGGUGGUGGACCGGUGCCCGUUGAGGACACCGAGCCGGGAGGCAGUAGACCAACUGAGGACACUGGGGACAGUGGAGCGCCUGCUGAGGACACCGAGCCGGGAGGCAGUAGACCAACUGAGGACACUGGGGACAGUGGAGCGCCUGCUGAGGACACUGGGGACAGUGGAGCGCCUGCUGAGGACACUGGGGACAGUGGAGCGCCUGCUGAGGACACUGGGGACAGUGGAGCGCCUGCUGAGGACACUGGGGACAGUGGAGCGCCUGCUGAGGACACUGGGGACAGUGGAGCGCCUGCUGAGGACACUGGGGACAGUGGAGCGCCUGCUGAGGACACUGGGGACAGUGGAGCGCCUGCUGAGGACACUGGGGACAGUGGAGCGCCUGCUGAGGACACUGGGGACAGACACUAG